AUGGGUCAACUUCCAUCAGACCGAGUUAGCCCGAAUCCGGUCUUUGCCAUAACAGGAAUCGAUUACGCUGGUCCUGUACAAAUCGUCGGACGUCGAGUAAGAGGGGCAAAACCUAGCAAAGGCUAUAUUGCACUAUUCGUGUGUUUUACGACCAAGGUGGUACACAUGGAAGCUGUAUCGGAUCUCACCACUAGUUCAUUUCUAGCAGCUUUUACGCGGUUCAGUAGCCGCUACGGAUUACCAGCCAAGGUGUAUUCUGAUAACGCAACCACGUUUAGAGCAGCUUCGAAACACUUCCGUGAAAUGUAUGACCUGCUACACUCAACGGCUCAUCUGGACAGUGUGGCUGACUUCCUGACAGAUAAAGGUGUUCAAUGGAACUUUAUUCCAGCUCGAUCUCCUCAUCAUGGAGGUUUGUGGGAGUCAGCAAUUAAGGUUGCCAAACAGCAUCUUUCCAAGUUAACCACAAACUACAUCUUCACCUUCGAGGAAUUAUCCACGUUAAUUUCUCAAAUCGCCGCUACAAUGAAUUCCCGCCCCCUUACACCAAUUUCGAACAGUCCUGCAGAUGCACAACCAUUAACUCCAGCUCAUUUCACUAUUGGAAGGCCACUCACAUCGGUUCCGGAGAUCAAUCUGUUGGAGCGGCAAAUAUCAUCCCUCUCGCGUUGGACAUUCAUCCAGCGUCUCUCGCAGGAGUUCAGAGUUAGAUGGCAGACGGAGUACGUACGGUCAUUGCAACGAAUGACUAAAUGGCAACGUUCGUCGAACAACAUUUCCAUCGGUGAUUUCGUGUUACUGGUGGACGAGAAUUCAAGGCCGAAGCAAUGGCCUAUCGGGAGGAUCAUGGAAGUCUUUCCUGGGCAAGAUGGGCUAACUCGAGUGGUGUUGGUGAAGACUGGGACAAACACGACUCGUCGAGACAUCCGAAAGGUAAGAGUUAUCCCAUUGGACUCCGAUGAGUACCUACCAAGGAGAAGCAACUGA